AUGUCCCAACAACAUCCACUAACCACAUCUCGACCUUCCAAUCCUUAUGCGGAAUUACCAGCUGCAUCUCAACAACAAGUGAAUCGAGAUUCAGUUGACAGCCAAGCGGGUAUGUUAUCACAGCCAUAUCCAGAAGGUGAGGGAUAUGCGACUCAUCCACCGCCAUCUCAAUCCCAAUUUCAAUCCCAGCAUCAGCACGGUAAUACCUUACAUCCUUCUCCGAUCGGUAGAACACAAAGUAGAUCAAGACAUUCAAUAAUGGAAGAGACUGAAGAUGAAUUAACUGAAGAUGAGAGAAUAGAAUAUGAAAAGGGAUUAAUCACAUGGGGAAAAGCUAAAAACUGGAGAUUCUGGAUAAGAAAAGAAUGGAUUUGGUGGUAUAUCGCUUUCGUGCUUAUCGUCGUCGUGGUGGCUUUAAUGGCUUUCUUCCAUCAUUCGAUCAUCGACUGGCUGUCACCUUUCGUAAGGAAAUUGAGGACGAUCAAAGCUGGUUUCUGCAUUCCAGUAGCUAUUCUAUUCGUGUUAUCUUUCCCUCCCCUGUUCGGAAAUGAAAUCGUCAUGAUCCUAGUAGGAAUCGUCUGGGGCUUAGGAAAAGGAUUUGCGAUUGUAGCUGUCGGAGUUUUCCUUGGAGAAACCACUCUGUUCUUGGUAUUCAAAUAUUGGUGUAGGCAUCGAGCUGAAAGGAUGACUCGAAAAUCAUUAAAUUACGCUUGUCUAAGUGAAUCUGUCAGAGAGGGUGGAUUCCUAAUGGCCUGGGUGGUCAGGUUGAGUGUUAUCCCAACUCAUUAUACAACUGCUGUACUUGCUGUUUGUGGAUUGAAAACUUGGCAAUUCGUAUUAGCUUUGAUCGGAUCAUUACCCAAACAAUUGAUAAGCGUUUACGUCGGAGUGGUACUUGGUCAAACGAACGCUUCUACAAAUUCUCAUGUUAUAUCAGAUUGCGUUUUCGCAGCAUGCGCUUUAAUCACUCUUGGAGCAUUGUACUUCAUAUAUAAACGAAUGAUCAAAGUUCGUAAAGGUGUAUUGAUCAGUAUGAGAGAAGAUUUACAUAAGAGACAUGUGGAAGUUCCUGCUCCUCCUGAAGAUACCCUUGAUCAACCAUCCGAUGCAAGUAGAUGGGGAGGUAAGAAUGGAGAUAAUAGAACAGCGGUAUUCAACGAGAGUGGGAAUGAAGCAAGACGAUGA